GAACGGGGGGAUGAUGGUGAUGAUGAUGGAGGAUGAGCGCGACCGGUGAAGAAGGGGCGAGAGAAGAGUGAAGGCAGCCACCGAGGAAGCUAUCCGAAACAACGAAGAUGAGAUGGGAUGCCGCUCUAUAUCUACUCUCGCUGCUGCUCUUCUCCUUGGCCAAUCUAUGUUGGGCUCUCGUCGAAACGCGAGGAUGCAAUCGCACUAUCAGAAAUUCCGUUGGAUGGAUACGUUGGACAGGACGAAUGGGACGAUGCAUUGUUCGCAUCAGAGCGCCUCCUAGAGAUCCUCAGGUGAUCGAGUUGAAAGUUAGGAAGCUGCAAGUUGGUUUCCUGAAAGAAACCAGAUGCGAGGGUGCUUACAUUCAAUUUUCCGAUGGUAGCGAGGACCUUGAAGAUGAAACAGGACGUUACUGCGGCUACGUGAGUGGCAACACGACCAGACUGUUCCUGAGGAAGGGGCCCAACUUGACGAUCAUAAUGGACUCGGACGUGAAGUUCGCAGCAGAGAAUCCCGUGAUAUUCUCCGCCCAGUUCUCCAUACUUCCCGCCCAGCUCGCUUCGGAGCGCCACCGCGGCUUCUCCCCGUCCCCCUCAAGGAGGAAUAUAUCCCCCGAUCCGGGGGAUGUAUCGGACGCGAGGAUACAUCCGAGCGAUGGGAUGGGGGGGCACGCGGAGGUCGCGAGGAAAGGCUCGGGCAAGGAGAAGAUGACCGCGUUGCAGGUGGUUCCCGAGUACCGAUACGGAAAGAAGGGGCGAGGAUCGGAGAAGUUGGGGAGCACCAGUUGCGUGGGCGAUUAUCUGACAUUGUUGGAAAACGUGGACGGGAAGAUGUUCGAGAUCUCCAAGUUUUGCGGGGAGGGCCAGGUGCCACGGAUCCUUUCGAGGGGGAGGAACAUCGUGGUCGAGUUCUUCGCGGAGCAGGACGGGACCGUGAUGCACGACGGUUUCCAAUUGUCGUUCCAGGAAACGGAGGAGGCGCACGCGUUUGGAAACGAUCAGAAUUGCGAGUUCGUGUACAGGAGCAGCGAGAGGACGAGGGAGAGCAUCAAGUCGUUGCAGAGCUGGUAUCCGCCCAAUACUUUGUGCAGUUACAAAUUCAUGGGCAGAUCGUCGGAGAGGAUCUACGUUCAUAUGAAGAUAAUCAGAAACGAGCCGGAUCAGGAGUACGCGCCACAGAAACGAAACUUCAGCCUGAAUUAUUGCUCCGGGAACGAGAUCGCGGUUUACAAUGGGAUCGAGGUGAACAACAGCAUCUUGAUGUGGUCUUACUGCGACGUAUCCCACCAGGACAUCAAUAACAUACAAGUCCCACUUACCUCGAGCGGCAACGAGUUGUUAAUACAAUAUUACAGCGCGAAGGGAUCUUACGACGGCCAAGAGUUCACUUACACGAUAUCGUACAGGUUCAUAAAGAAGGCGCAAAAUUCUACCAGCAGACGCCAAAUACAGGACGAUUUCAAGUUGAUCUCUCUGAGGCCGGUAAACUUUUCAGCGUUGAAUUUGAACGAGAGCGAGAAUUGUAAUUGCGAUUUCGGCGACAGGAUCGGCAGUUUUAAAAACUGGUUUAUGGUGCUCGUUGUAUUGGGGAUAGUCUCGUUUCUUGGCGCCGUGCUCACGAUAAUAGCCCUCCUUGCCAAAUGCAUCAAAAUGAGAUCAAUGGAGAAGAAACUAUUACAGACCCCGAAACUGUGAAGAAAAUUUUGUAACGAUUUUCUAACAUAAUAUAUCU